CUUAAAUAUUAUCACUUCACAUUUGUUAACACAAAAGUAAAGAACCAAACUCCAUAUAAGUAAAAUGGCAUUCAAACUUGUACUUGCUUUAGCUCUCGUGGCCACAGUUGCAGCUGGUUAUGUUCCUCUGCAACAACAAAAACUUUAUCACGCAGAACCUGUCUAUCAUGCCGCUCCAGUACAACAUCAUGUUGUGGCUAUACCCCAUAAGGUUUACACCAAAACAGUUGAAGAAUACGACCCACAUCCUGAGUACAAAUUCUCUUAUGGUGUAGAUGAUAAGAUAACUGGCGACUCAAAGUCUCAACAUGAGGAACGUGAUGGCGAUGUUGUACAUGGUCAAUACAGUUUAAUUGAUGCCGAUGGAUACAAACGUACUGUCACCUAUACAGCUGAUGAUCAUAAUGGAUUCAAUGCCGUUGUACGUCGUGAACCUUUGGUUAAAGUAGCUCAUGUUGCUCCCGUUGCUGUUAAAACCCAUUAUGCCCAUGUUCCCGAGGUAGUCAGUUAUCACAAAGCUGCUCCUUCUUAUUAUAACUAUCAUCAUUAAAUUGUUGUAAAUCAUUAUCAUGGGACCUUUUUGCAGUAUUUAGUAUUUUUUCAUCUUUAGAUUUAAGAGUUUAUGUGAUAUAUUUUGUAUUAAAUAAUCUUUCUAUAUAUAAUACUUGAAU